CGCAGAACAGGAAUCUGAGACGCUUAUAAAAACAUGAUAAUGUCAAUAUAUCAGCAGUGUUUACGACAGACUCGCAAAGAGUAGCACGUGUCGAGAGCAAAUAUUAAGAAAAUAUAGUUUUUAAAAUGGAGAAGUUGUGUUUUUUCUUUGUAUUGGCCUUAUUGAGCAGUGAAGCUCUCGGCUUAGCCUUCAGGAACAGACGUCAAGCUGAAAAUAAUGACAAUAAUGACAAUUUGGAAGAUAGGUAUGGUUGGUUUAGGCCGAAUAGACCAGACAACGGACGUUUUCCUGGAUUUCCAGACUUUUUUCCCGGAUUUCCUGACCAAUAUCCUCAACCACAACCACAACCAAGGCCACGACCACAACCACAACCGCAACCACAACCACAACCGCAACCACAACCACAGCCACAACCAACAACAGCGGUUCCCCCAAAUACAGCAUCCACUCAAUCCAGUGACGUUCGUCAGUGCAUCCAAUCUUGUCCUGUGACUGCUGAGUAUAAUCCUGUCUGUGGUUCAGACAAUGUCACAUACGAAAACCCUAGUAGACUGUCGUGUGCUCAGGCCUGCGGCGUCAAUGUAAACCUGCUUAGGUCGUCUCGUUGUCCGGCCCCGACACCAGCACCUACCUCAUAAAUAUUAGUUUCAUAAGAUUUUGUAGUACAAAACUCUUUAUAAAUAAUACAUUAGUUAAAACUAAA